AUGGUUUUCCUCAAGUACGCUCUUCCCGCCCUCGCUGCGGCCCAUGCCGUUCUCGCCGAUGACUGUGGUUCCGGCAAGACCAUCACCAUCAAGAGUCAGAGCGACCUCGAUGGUUACGGCAGCUGCAAGACUCUCGACGGUGACGUCGAGCUGGACCCCAGCUUCGGUGGCACCAUCACCAUCAACGGUGUCCAGAGAAUCAAGGGUGCUCUGACCAGCAACGGCGGCGAAAACAUUACUGAGCUGUCUGCUCCUGAACUUGCCACCAUCGAUGACACCUUCCACCUCGAGGGUGUUGUGAGACUCACCAGCCUCAAGUUCCCUGAGCUCACAGAGGUCGGUUCUAUCAACUUCCAGGCUCUUCCCGUGCUCCAGAACCUCGGCUUCGACAAGGGUGUCACCAAGGCAAAUGACGUUCAGAUUGUCAACACUGGCCUGACUUCCCUGGACGGAAUCUCGCUCAACUCUGUCAGCAAGCUCGUCGUCACCGACAACACCGACCUCGAGAAGGUUGACGUGAACAACCUCAAGAACGCCACCAACCUGAUCAACUUCGCUGGUAACUACAAGGAUCUCGAAAUCUUGCUUCCCAACUUGGCCUCUGGUUCGAACUUGACCAUCCGUAACGUCAGCUCCGUCUCUCUUCCCUCUCUCAAGAAGCUUGAGGGUCAGCUGGGUUUCUGGGGUAACAAGUUCUCUUCUCUUGCUGCUCCCAACCUUACCGAGACUGGUGACCUUGUUUUCGAGGACAACUCCAACCUCAACAACCUCAGCCUUCCCGUUCUGGAGACUGUCAACGGUGGUUUCUUGAUCACUCGCAACGACAAGCUCAGCUCGAUCAACUUCCCUAAGCUCGAAACCGUCACCGGUGCCAUCGACUUCUCCGGUGCUUUCGACAAGGCUACUCUUCCUUCCCUCAAGAGCGUCAGGGGUGGUUUCAACAUGCAGAGCAGCGGUAACUUCAGCUGUGAGAAGUUCAACUCCUGGAAAGACAACACCAUCCACGGAGAGUACAAGUGUGAGUCCGAGGCCAAGGACCCCGCCACUGCCGACGGUUCUUCUGGUUCCAGCACUUCUGGAAGUGGCAGCAGCGACGAUGACCAGGAUGGUGCCGCUGUCCUCACCGCUGCUAACCUCCCCAUCAUGGGUGCUGCCGCCGUCUUCGGUGUUCUCGCCCAGUAUGCUCUCUAA